UAUAAUGGCUGGUACGAUAUGAUGCCAUCGGUAUUGGCAAAGCGUCGGAUCCCACUCGCUUUACUUUCGCUUGCUAACAAACAUUUAAUAGUACUAGGAAUAGGCGCCUGGCUCAUCUGCCACUCUCACUGACGCUGUUUAGCACGUCGACCAAGUCAAUUGCUGUGACUCACACAAUGCAGACUUACACAGUGGAGCAGAAACAGGACAGGUUCGUUGAAGUGCCAUUCCAAACCCAGUGUGGCCUCUGAUGAACAUACGAGGCCCGAGGAUGAUAGCCUAAAGGACGAUCGCUCUCAUAUAGGAUUCCUCAGGCGUACUACUCAGUUACUAUCUAGGUAUGGAAUUGAAACUCGUGGCAUCGCGCCGGUGCCAGCAGAGGAACGUCUCGACACUCGGUGGUACCAGUUGUUUUUCGUUUGGUUUUCCCCUUGCAUGAAUAUCUUAUCAUUUAGCACUGGGACUGCUGGACCUGCAUUUUUUUCCUUGGGAGUUCGUGAGUCCAUAGUUAUGAUCGCCGUUGUUAACCUGGUAUGUUGUUUAAUGCCAGGAUUCUUUGCUGUUUUUGGGCCAAAGCUUGGCAUGCGAGCUAUGGUACAAGCCAGGUUCUCAUGGGGGUAUUUCGGUGCUAUCAUACCGGCCGUUUUGAACGCCUUCUCCUUGGAAGGCUUCCUUAUUCUCAACUGCAUUAUCGGUGGACAAACGAUAGCAAGCUUGUCUUCUCAACUUGACGAUACUCUUGGUAUCGUCAUCAUCGGUAUCAUAUCUCUUGUGAUCACUUUCUGCGGAUACCGCGUCAUCCAUUGGUACCAAAGUGUCGCCUGGAUCCCGAAUGUAAUUGCAUUUAUCGUCAUGUUGGUUGUCGGUUAUCCACAUCUACGUGACAACCUAUCGGCUCCCGUCCCUCAAGCAACAACUGCUAACAUCAUGUCUUUUGCGUCCUUUCUCGUAUCAAACAUUAUUGGCUGGUGUACCAUAAUCUCUGACUAUGGCGUAUACCACAGCCCUGAUACUUCUUCUGCAAGGAUUUUUGUUUACACGUAUCUUGGGUUCUUCGUAUCUAAUACGACUGGUCAAGCUCUGGGUGCUGCAUUCGCAGCAGCAGCUCCGAACGUGCCUGCUUGGAAUGCAGGAUUUGAUAACAGCUCUUCCGUCGGUGGCUUGUUUUACAGCAUCUUGUUACCUACAGGUGUAUUUGGAAAAAUCCUGACUGCUUUGGUCGCUCUCAGCGUAUCCAGCGCCUGUGCACCGACGAUAUAUACUUUCAGCAACAGUUUCAUGACUGUUGCUAUGUGGUUUUCUAGGGUGCCCAGAUGGGUAUAUAUCCUCGUGUCAGAGGGAAUUCUCAUACCAGUUGCCAUUAUUGGCGCCAAAAGGUUCUAUGCUACCUUUGUCGACAUCCUCAACAUUGUUGGAUAUUGGUCAUCAAUAUUCGCUGCGAUAAUACUCACAGAACAUGUGUUAUUCCGACGAGCCUCAUAUUCUGAGGCUCAAUACCCCAUCACGACGUGGGCUUCGUAUGCUCUCUUGCCUAGCGGUAUCCCCGCGGUAGUGGCUUUCUUGUGCGCAUUUGGAGCCCUUGUUCCAUUCAUGUCGCAAGCUUGGUAUGUAGGACCAGUAGCGAAGCAGGGCAGCGGAGACGUUGGUGUGUUCGUGGGGUUCGUGGUAGGAGCUAUCACCUAUGCGUUGGGGAGGAGUUUCGAGAAAACACUGUACAAGAAAAUGGGUAAAGGAGAUUCUUGAUAGUACUUGUAUCAACGUACACGAGUCGUCUUCGACUAUCCCUCAACGCUGAAAAUUACAAGAGACAAGUGAUUUUUUCCAACUUUGAGGCCUUGAUGCUUCCGGUUCGAUGUCGAUGGCAUAUAUUUGACCAUAUAUUUGCCCCACACUCGAUCAUGCAACCACGCAUGACGCGACGGCGGAGACAGCUGCCA